UGUUGGAAUCAAAACUGCUGGGAAUUUGUGAACUCUCCCUUGGCUAAGAGAUGGGGUUGGUUAGAGGGAGGAAUCUAGAUGUGCGUCAGAUGCUUAGAAGUGAGAGAACAGAGGAAGGGCGGAACCCAGGCUCUUGGAAAGAAGCAAGCUGAGUUCAGGCAGAGAGGAAAGUGCUUCUGUGUUUGAAAGAAUUUUCCUGUGUCAGCUGUAGCCCAGCCACUACCACCAAGAAACAACAUCCCCAAGGAACAAUGAGGGACAAGAAGAAGAUUAGCCUUCCAGCAAAGUUAAUCAAUGGAGGUGUUGCAGGACUUGUGGGAGUAACUUGUGUUUUCCCCAUUGAUUUGGCCAAAACCCGUCUCCAGAAUCAGCAAGGACAAGCAGUCUACACUGGAAUGCGAGACUGUUUGAUAAAAACUAUACGCUCUGAAGGGUUCUUUGGAAUAUAUCGAGGGGCUGCUGUAAACUUAACUCUUGUCACUCCUGAAAAAGCAAUCAAGUUGGCUGCCAAUGACUUCUUCCGGCACUUGCUCUCCCAAGAUGGAAAAGAACUGUCACUGGCGAGGGAGAUGCUGGCUGGCUGUGGAGCCGGGACUUGCCAGGUGGUGGUCACAUCCCCCAUGGAAAUGCUGAAAAUCCAGUUGCAGGAUGCUGGACGGCUAGCUGCUCAUCAGCAGGAGGCCUUGGGACAGGAGGGGUUAGCUGCUGCCAAUUCCCAUCUGCCACCAGGACAGCCUUACACCAGUAUGCCCAUGGCACCUUCUCAACGUCCCUCUGCCACUAUGAUUGCUAAAGAUCUGCUGCACACUCAAGGACUAACAGGCCUGUAUAAAGGGCUUGGGGCCACACUGCUCAGGGAUGUGCCCUUUUCCAUUAUUUAUUUCCCGCUCUUUGCCAAUAUCAAUAAGCUGGGGCAGGAGAGCUCUGAGGAAAAAGCAUCUUUCUUGCACUCGUUCUUGUCAGGCUUUGUGGCAGGAUCUGUGGCUGCAGUGGCAGUGACCCCACUGGAUGUUCUAAAAACCCGCAUUCAAACUCUCAAGAAGGGUCUGGGAGAGGACACCUACAGUGGGAUCAUUGACUGUGCCAGGAAGGUCUGGACUCACGAGGGCCCUGCAGCUUUCAUGAAAGGGGCAGCAUGCCGUGCGCUGGUCAUAGCCCCUCUGUUCGGCAUUGCCCAAGGGGUCUAUUUUGUUGGCAUUGGAGAAUAUGCCAUGGGAUUUUUCAAAUAGUACCUACUCAAGCACACUGAGCAUAUGUUGAAUCUGUACACUUUCCAUAGCUGGAAAAGCAGCAGAUCUUACUCUUAACAUCCAGAGAUAUAAUCACCCAGAGUACUUCUAUCUAGGGAGAUACCUGACAACAACCUUCACUGCCAGAUUCAUGUUUGAUGCAUCUCUCAAGCAAUCCUUCUUACUGGCUGCAAGGAAGCCUUCUUUGCUACAGUGAAGGCUGCAUCAUUCUAAGGAAAAGGUUAGCCUGAUCUAAUGUCCCCCUUUCCUUAAAAUAUACAUAGAGCCUACAUAAUUUCAGAGAUUACUCUGAAGAAAUUAAAAGCAAAAUAUGCUAAGAAUUAUGAGCAAAGAUUAAAUUAUAUUUCAGUUGGUCCAUGAGAAGAGUCUUCCACAAAUGCCGAUCCUCCUAUAAGAAGAGUCAAACACAUGAGUAAAGGAUCUUAAUUAAUACAUGUCAUGAACCAAACAGAAAUCAUAAACUAGAGAUUUGUGAAAUAGAGUAAGAUAUUCCUUGAGGUAGAAUCUCUAUACUUUAAAAUGUAUUGGUUAUAUACUGCCUGGCAUUUUAUUAAAAUGUAUUGGAGGGGGGCUUUUUGUUUGUGAUCUCUUAUGAAUUCCAGUUGCAAUUAGCAUACCUCCUGCCCUUCUGCUCUUUAAUAAAUCAAACUUUAUUAACAGUUUGGCUUCAUUUUUUCUAUCAUGAACAUGAAGUUUUUGGCUUUUAAAGAGAUAAUCUUUCUCCCUG